GAAGUUCUUGUUUCCUGAAGGCUCCCGAGAAUGACUGUGGGAAGGAAAACUACAGCUCCCAGCGGCAGCCGGGAGCCAGGGAAGGGCAGAGUUCACCGUCACGUUUCCAGCGGAGGAUUCAGGGUGUGCGCUGGUAUCCUGCCACCAAAGGGCCUCUGGGACGGAGGGCAAGGGGAAAGGCCAGCGCUCGCCUCCUCUUGCCACCCCUUUGCUCCUGAUCGCCGCCCUGACCGGCUCCGAAGCUGCCUGGGUUAGUGGGCGUGUAGUUGGAAUUGCCCGGACCAGGACGGGAUGGUGUCUGUGAGGGGGGUAGGACUGGGCCAGCCUCUCGAGCAGCAGGGAGAUCCAGCUCCGUGUGAACAUCGGAGAAAGUGAAACCAAACAGUGCAGAAGCCAGAGCUCCAGGGGAAAAGGAAAAUGGAAGAGAAUCCAAGCGUGGAUCUGCCUGGAGCUGGAUCAGCCCAGGGUGAGGUGGGGAGCACAACAGACCGUCCUGUGCACCAAGAGCCCACCCAGGAAACACCUGGGCAUCAAGAGGCCACUCAGGAAACACCUGGACACCAAGAGCCCACCCAGGAAACACCUGGGCAUCAAGAGGCCACCCAGGAAGCACCUGGGCACCAAGUGACAAGCAGGUGGCCUGAGACAUCCUGCAAAACAGAGGAGGACUCUUCGGUGUGUAAAUCAGCUGGUGGUGGGGGAGCGACAGCACUGUUGGGUUCAGCUGGUCCCACACUGGAGGAGAAAGCUGCACAUGAAACUGAAGUAUUGCCAGAAGAAUCUGACAAUACAAGAGAAGAUGUCUCAGAAGGACCCCUGGAAAAAGAGGACUUGGAUCAAGCUGGACUGGGCCAUGAGAAUGUGGAAAGCAAAGGAGACAGCCCUGUCCACCAGGAAACAUGGGAGCACCAGGGGACAACUGGGCAGUGUGAAAGCCUCUGCAAGGCAGAGGAAGAUGCCUUGUCAACAAGCAAGGCACAGAGCUCUGACAGUGAAAUGAUACAUUUGGAUGUGACUGGCGUGGAAGAUGUCCCCAGUGGCCUCUUGGCAGAGCAGAGCAGCAGUGCCACUCUCCCAGACCGGGAACCAGAGGCACCCAGAGAGCAAGAAACACAGGAGAGCAGGUCCCAAGGCACAUUAAGGAAAAGACCAAAAGGAGACACAGCCUCAAACCCAGAGACUCAGUCCUCUCUGCAGAACGUCACCACCCAAAACACAGAGCAGGAGAAGGCCAAAAAGUCCCUCCCGUGGAAAGGUGAGGAAAAGAAGCUUCCCUUGCAUGUUACUCAUCGACCAGAAGGCACUGAUCCUCCAGGAGCAAGACUUUUCAUCGUGGGCCUCGCAGUGCUUGGCUUCUGCAUCUUCUGCUUCGGCAGCCCGACCUCCAGCUCGCAGCAGCCCCGCAAGAACCCCACGGUGGAGGCGUUCCUGUCCCAGUUCGACCAGCUGCAGCACAGCUUUCCGGGCCAGAGCCCCGACCUGUGGCUCCGUGGGCGCAAGUUCCUGCGGAAGCACCUGAACACGUCCCAGCACACGCAGCCGGCCAUCAUCAUCCUCACGGCCGCCCGCCGCGGCGAGCGGACCCUGCGCUGCCUCAGCGCCCGCGUGGCCGACUCCUACUCGGCCGCCGUGCACGGCAGCACGGUGCAGAUCCACGGCACGGACAAAGCCAGGCUCCACAGCGACCGGGCCAAGCUGGAGGUGGACUCGGAGCUGAGCUCGGCCUUCCAGGCUGGGGGCCGAGCCGCCGUGAUUCACCGCUUCGAGCUGCUGCCCGCGGGGGCCACCCUCAUCUUCUACAAGUACUGCGACCACGAGAGCGCCGCCUUCAAGGACGUGGCCCUGCUGCUGACGGUGCUGCUGGAGGAGGACACGCUGGAGAGCCACAUCAGCCUCCAGCAGGUGGAGGAAAGGGUCCGUGACUUCCUCUGGGCCAAGUUCACCAGCAGCAGCGCCCCCGGCUCCUACAACCACAUGGACUCUGACAAGCUGAGCGGGCUGUGGAGCCGCAUCUCCCACCUGGUCCUGCCCAUACACCCAGUGCAGAACAUCGAGGAGGAGGGCUGCUAUGCCAAACCCUAGGGACAAAAGUGGCCAGAGCCCCAAGAUGGUCCUGGCUGGCUCUGGUAAAGGCAAAGGCACAAGUGGUGUUAGUUCUCUUCAGUCUGUUUCUUGUAGGUUCCUGGGAAGAGUCUGACAGGUACAGGAUGAUCCAGGACAUUUGGGCAGCUGAGUCCUGGAGGUGAUACACGGCUUUUUUCUGGCAGAUGGGAACAGGGGGUAUUUUAGAGCUUCACAGGAGAACAUCAAUGUGUAGGGAGGCAGGAGGGAAAACAGGACCUUGCAGUAGCGUUUCUAUCAAGAAAUAGACAAAUAAUGUUCACAACUAGUACGACAGAAAGAUGCUGUGAUUCGGUGGCUCUUUCAUCUCUCCCUGCCCCUCCGCUUGCUGAAGUUGGUACAUCAUUCUCUCAAUAUACUUUAUCCAGGGAGCUGCUAGAACACAGGCCAAAUUCCUCAAAGCCAAACAUUUUGAAGUCAUGCUUCAAAAAGAAAAGCAGUUUGCCAGUCAGCGUCAGUACAGUCCCACUUGCACAGCCUGACUGACACCAGGCAAAGCCCAGAUCCUCAAACAAACCUGCAAUUCAGAGAUCCCCUAAACAUCAAGUACAAGAAAUUUCAGGUUUUCAGCAAUUGAACACUACCCUAAUGGCAGGGAUCCCAUGAGGGGAUCCCAGGUGCUAGAGAACAAGCUCCAGAACCAGAGAACAGCGAAACAGUUGCUGUCACUCAGAUAGUGUGAAGCCUCAAGGGAUUACACAGGUGAACAAAUGAAUAAUACAAUGUAAUUUAAUGCUACUUCUCUCUAAAACAAGUCCAGUCAAUCCCUUUGCCACACAAAGGUUGCCACUCUCUCCCCGUGCCAAUGCUUUGGUCCCACACAGCAGGUUGUUCUUCACCUGGAUCUCUGAUCUGUUGUGCAGGGCUGGAAAUCUCUGCCAGCCUCUCCCCAGGUGACUUGUAUUGAUGAAUGUAGAUGUUAACGUUGAUAUUUCAAACCAUGUAGAGUAGCACACCGGGUCCUUGCUCUUCAAGGGUACGUUUGCCUCCCUGCUAGGCAGAUGGAAGUCUGGUAUCUGCCAAAGCAAGUAGAAGCAGAGCUGGGUUAGCUGGUAAAGACAAAAUCUCUGCCAUUAACACUAAAAAUCCUUGACAAAGCGGGUUAGUUGCUUUUCAUGCCUCCUUUUCUGCAUCCUGGGAAGAGAAAUUCAAGUUCUGGAAACACUGUGGUUCCCCUGCACACUGUGUUUUUGCAGGUGCUGGGGGGCAGAGCAGCCAACUCAGGGACACCUGGAGAGCAGGUGCAGGUUACAGCAUUUAUUAUAACCUAAGGGGCAGCCCCACGUGCCAGCCCCAUGUGCCUGUGCAGAAGGAACAGCUGUAGCAGAUUUUGGCUCAUUUCCACAGCAGCAGCACAGACUGAGGCCUUGCAGAGCCAGGCUCUGUAUCCAAACAAGAACAACUCCUCUCCACCACGGUGGUUUUUAGCAGCUACACAUCAAGGUGCUCCUUACAGCAACUGGACCCUGGUGUUGGGUGGGUCUCCUGCCAACAGUGCCUUGCUGAUCUGCCCCACCAAGGGUGCAGGAAGGUGCAGCCUUGUACCUCAAAAACCACAGCCUGUCUCUUCUUUCCCCCUGCCGUGUGCCUUGACCUGUCUCAGGAGAUUAGCCCUCAGCUUGGAGGAGGGGACAAAAUGAAGGAAGAGGGAGGGUUAUUCAUGUUCUGACCAAAGAAUAGAAUUUUUGGUUGGUUGGGGACGUGAAGACAAGACCACUGGGAUUUUAACCAUGAUAAACUCUGGGCCAAAUGUGAGAACUACCUGCUGGAGCCCAGGACAUGGUUUGAUACAGGAUAAAGGUUGCUUUCUCCUCUCCUUCUUUUCUAUUGCUAUACACUACUUUGGUGAGAGAAAACACUGUAUCCUGCUCAGCAGGGUUAGGUGUGGGUGUUGAUGUAAGAACCAGCAAAGCAUUAAUCAUGCUAUGCCAAUAUUUUGAUGGAAAUCUGUGUUUUUAUGUUCUCUCCGUUUUACAUACUGUAUUUGCAAUGCAUAGCCCAGGUAUGCAAAGGCAACUCCCCAUUCUGAAAGUGUCACCUACCUGAGUUCUUCCCAUACAGAGAUAUUUUUAUGGCCUGUUAAAUAUCUGCUUGCUUCUGGAACAGAACUUCUAUUUAAAAAUAAAUGGUGAGAUUGUGAAAGAAGCCAGCAAAUUGA